GUAUUAUUUUAAUUUACAUUAUGGUUCUUUAUAUAUUUUCAGUUGAAACACUAAAACAAUUUUUUGAUAUUACUAUAUUGGAUUUGGCAAUCAUAGAAAAACAAGAUGGCUGACAAUGAGGAAUUUGUCAAUGAGAUGAACAUAAACGACAAACUUUUUGAUCCGUGUGGGAUUUUAAGUAGCUGGGGGGUCGGAAAUCAAAUGAUGGUCGCAGCUGGGGGUGACGUGGGGUCAGAACGACCCAAUCAACUUGCUCAUUUGCCAAUCCUUAUACACGAGGUACGCUGGAGUAAUGAAAUGCAUUUAGACAUUACUCGGAAGCUUUUGAACGAAUCACAUCGAAUUUUUAUCGAAGUGCAAGAAGCGAGAAAUGACUUUCAAAAAAGUAGUCAAGAUCAACAGUUACUUGUGAAAUUCAGUCGGAAAUAUCGUUCUGUUUUGCGAGCUUGCGUUCUCGAAAUAAAAUCUAAAAUUGAGGAAAGUAUAAUGGAGGACGUUCAAUUGGUCAUGCAAUUAGAACUGCUGAGUAUGAUGGAAAUAAUUUGGAAUUUAUGCGAAAUACUUUUCAUCGAAAAUUCCCCGGCGGGAGUUGUAUUGUCUCGUCUUGCGGAAUGGUGCAAGUUUCAUUUCACCCAAGCGGAUGAUUUUAUGGAAGAAUGCAUUCAAACGGAACAACCAUAUAAUCAUGAAUUGUACUGGAGCACCAUCAAGUGUCUCGUCCUUCAAGGUCGAACGGACGACGCCCAAAACAUGUUGAAACUUCACCCAGAGUGCCAGAGUCAAAAAGAUAACGCAUUUUUAAGUAUGGAAGAGUUGCUGCGAAAAAUGCCACAUUUUACGUACUAUCGCGGGCAAUCAGUCGUCGAAUUCGAGAUGAAAUGGAACCACUGGCAAGAGGAGUGUCGUCGUAGGUUUGACGAAGGAGAGUUUAAUGUUAACAAGGAAUUACAAGAAAUUGCGAUGAUUUUAUGCGGAGACGACGCUGUUUUUGAGAAUCCCGAUUAUGGCGGAUGGCAUCAAAUGUUGAUAUCGAGACUACUUUUCACACAACCGACCGUCAGUGUCAUGGAGUUACAGCACCAUAGUAAAAUAUCUGUUGAAUCAUGCGGAGGGCGAGAACGCCUCGGAGCUUUUGAUCAUAUUUUACUCGCGGCCUUCGAACUCGAUCCGUAUUCUGUUAUUAAAGAAUGCAGUCAGCAGUUGAGUAACUGGUGGUUGGCUGCUCAUUUAUCCGACAUUUUUUACCAUCUUGGGAUUCUCGCAAAAAAAUUAGAAUUUGGGGUUGAUUUUCAUGAACUUUUGAUUCUGGAGUACGCAACGAGUCUCAUGUCACAUGAAAGUCUAUGGAGAGUUACGAUUGAUUAUUUGUCAGCAUGCUCGGAGAACGAGAAUAACUAUCUCUCUCUAUUUGUGCGAAAAAUUCCAAUUACAAGCGAGAAAAAAGCUUCAAAAUUGUUACGUAUUUGCCAAAAUCGAGGAUUGCUUGCAGAAGCACAAAGUAUCUGUCGACAAAUGAGUGUAUCAGCGCUACAGCGAAAUCGUUUGGGCACUGCUUUAUCGUGGUGUUUAAAAUGCAACGAUUCAGCCUUAACGAUGCGAAUUGCAGAAAAAAUGUUGUCGGAAUACGCUCGAACUGGUGAAUUCACUCAUAUCGAUUUGCUGGAUUAUUUAGGACCUUCAAUUCUGUUAUCAGAUCGACUGACGUUUUUAGGAAAAUAUCGUGAUUUUCACAAACUUUACGCCGAAGGCAUGCACAAGGAAUCUGGGAAUCUACUUCUCAACCUACUCAUCUCAAAUAUAGCGCCUGUUGAGUUUUGGCCGUCGCUACUCAUUGACUGUCUCCCUCUUCUUGAGUGUGAGGAGAUCGUGUUCAACGCUUCAGACUCGGCCAAGUUACUCGCUAAAUUAAACACUCUCGACCAAAUCAAUUUAGACUCAGAAUUAUCGGACUCUGAGAAAGAAACUCGACAAAAACGACUGGAAUUACUUAAACUAAAUAUGUCGAGGAAUUUAGCCAGAGCUAUUGUCAAUGCGGGGUAAAGAAUGUUCAAACCAGGGAUGGACAAAGUCGGAUUAUCUGCUAAAAAUAUUUAAAUAACGAAUGUUUUUAAGUGAGUCGUGUUUAACAAAGAACUUUCGAUGAGUUUAAUUUGAAAAUGCAGGAAAGAUUAACAGUGAUUUUAACUGUUUUCUAUUUCCGCAUUCCAGGAAUAAAACGAUGAUGCUCCAAAUUGUUCAAAAUUAUAAUUUUCCAGAAUAAAAUAUUCUGUUUCACCAUCUUUGCUACCAGUGAAAUGUUUUUGCUCUCAUUUUACCAUAUCUUUCUAAUUGAAGAGGGUCAAUUGGAACUACCGGUAAAAUCUGAAGCCUGACCCGAUUCGGGCCGGGUCGGGCCUGAAAUGUCGAUCAUUAGGUUCGGGUCGGGCUCCUCUAUCGCUGACUUUUUUUUAAUUAAAUAUAUGUUUAUAAAAAAUAUUUACUAAAACUAUGUGUGGAAUUCGAAGAACUUCUAAAUAAAAUAUGAAAUUUUUGGUUCGAUUCGAUCUCUGCCUGCAAAUUCAGUUAAUCAGUCGGGCUCAGGUCAGGUCGGGUUUUAUACCCACGGGCCCAGGUGGUAUCAGUGGCUCCUUCCCAGGCUCUGUUCAUGGUAAAACAUUCCAUGAAAAUUAGUUCCAACUUAUUUUUGUGCUUGAUUAACCUUUGCAAUGUACUGCCUGUUUUUUGAGAAUUGGUAAUUCUUUGCUCAAUAUAAUGCUUUGUACUGAA